GGGUAGAACAGCGCUGCCAAAAUGCCCGAGCCGGCCAAGUCCGCCCCCGCGCCCAAGAAGGGCUCCAAGAAGGCGGUGACCAAGACGCAGAAGAAGGGCGACAAGAAGCGCAAGAAGAGCCGCAAGGAGAGCUACUCCAUCUACGUGUACAAGGUGCUGAAGCAGGUGCACCCCGACACGGGCAUCUCGUCCAAGGCCAUGGGCAUCAUGAAUUCCUUCGUCAACGACAUCUUCGAGCGCAUCGCGGGCGAGGCCUCGCGCCUGGCGCACUACAACAAGCGCUCCACCAUCACCUCGCGGGAGAUCCAGACGGCCGUGCGCCUGCUGCUGCCCGGCGAGCUGGCCAAGCACGCCGUGUCCGAGGGCACCAAGGCCGUCACCAAGUACACCAGCUCCAAGUAGGGCGCCUCGGACCGUCACUCUCAACCCAAAGGCUCUUUUAAGAGCCACCCACGUACUCCAUAAAAGAGCUUUAACACACUAGUGCCUCGGUCUUAUUGGGUAUUAAAAUCUUUAUUUAAAAAAAAAAAAUGUAGAAUUUUAAGCAAACGUUUAGUCAACUACUUAAUCUGGCAAUAUUAAUUACGGAGUCCUUGAAUAUUUUUUCAAAUUGGAGGUAAUUUACUCUUAAAUGUAAAAGUUUAAACAGUUUUUCAAUAAAUGGAAACAGUAUUUU